AUGGAUGCUGACCUUUCUGGUCACCUGAGAAGGAAGAGGGACAGCAGUGCUUUGGAUGAUCACUUGAUUUAUGCUGUCCGUGUUUCUACCACUACAUCUGAGAAGCAGCCCUGGGAGAGGGGCGACAUCCUGGCGCCUCGAUCAGCUUUCUCGUCUCCCUUCCCGAGUGUCGGCAGGCCUCAGGUAGCUGCGCAAGUGCUGCCUGCCCCAAGUUCGUCUCCUGCAGGAGCUGUUACAACUUCUGUGGCUGUUAAAGUAUUGGGCAAGCUGCCGGCGACGAAGGGGCCUAGUUGGGAGGAGAAAUUGACUGAUAACAGGCGGGCUGCAGUGGCAAAAUGGGAGGCUCUUCUUAUGUCUCACGGCGAGCACUUCGAUUGCUACAGGGGAGUCAGUGGCGAUGCCAGUGCGUUUACCAAAUCUGCUGGUCUUGAUGCUUUUCCUUUGACUGAGAGCGUCUUAUAUGUAUUCAUGGAUCAGUAUUGUCGGACGGCGGCGGCAACCUUUGGAAGGAGCUUCCUUGAGUCUCUGAAUUUCGCUGUGCAUGUCUUGGGCCUCGAUCUGCAUGUGACCAUCAGUGGCAGGAUACAAGGGGUAGCCAAAACCAGGUACCUUGAAAAAAGGAAAGCUGUCCAGAAGCCGGCGCUUACAGCGCUGCGCGUGAGGACUCUUGAGAAGAUAGUGAUUGGAGGAACCAUUGAAGAAUACAGCGGCUUCGACAGACAUUGUGCUGGGUUUUUCUGCUAUACUUUGUACGCUCGGGCCCGGUUCUCCGAUGCCCAAGCCUCGGCUAACCUCAUGCUUGAUGUCACCGAGAGCGACGACGGGCCUUAUGGGCGCGAGCUCGGUGAUUCCGCUGACAUCAGAAAGCUUGGCGUGAGGGCCAUUUUGGACUACCGCAGCACUCACUGUGGAACGGAGUUGGUAUAUGCCAGGGACACGCUGAGCGGCCCAUUGCGGCAGCUUGGAUCCGUUGUGAGUGCUGUGGCGUUGGGUCACUUCCGGCCUGACAGCACGCGCUCGGGAUAUUUUCCCAGUCGCAAGGGUCGAGAAGAUGCAGGCUUCGAUCCCAAUGCUCCGGAGCAAGAAGAGCUUGACAGUUCUUCCAGUGGAAGUGAAGACGAGGAGGCUCCGGAUCACGAUGAGGUCGAGAAGGCCUGUGAUGCUCUGGCUUCCUGGGAGCCUCGGCCGGGUCUUCGUGAUCUGAUCGGCGAGGGUCCCGUCUUCAAGCAUAAGACUAUGAGGGUCAUUCAUUUGAUGGCCAGCAGUGAUGAAGGUGAUCGCUUUGUCUGCGGCAAUGCUGUCCUGACCAGGACGGGCCUUGAGUUUCACGCGAGAUCGGCGAGAGGUCAUUGCAACUUGAGCGGUUGUGCUACCGGUGAAUGCUUCCGGCUUGCAUGGUAUGUGAGACCUGUAGCUGAGUGCUUGGGUCGUGCCAUGGCGGCCUCGUACUCAGAGUCCGAAGCUGUCUUCAUCGACAAGGUCAGGACCUCGGGCCUGUCGGCUGCUGACCAGACUAAUGUGUUGGCUGGACUGAAGAAUUUGAAACAGCUGGCAUUUGUCAGCUCCUUCACUCCGGGACAAGCCGAUGAGAAGCCUUUGAUUGCGGCUUUGGAUGCUCUAGUCAAAAGGGACACCAGUGCUGACUUAGCUGCUCAGGCGUGCUUCAGGGCUCUUUUCCAGCAGGCUUACGCCAUAGUCACCACCGAGUUUAGGCAGGCCAUUGAGCGCACUGAAGACGCUCCCAGUCAUUCUCUCAGCGCGCCUGAGCGUGAGGAGCGCUACACGCGACAGGUGAAGAAGUUGACCGGGAUCAACAUAAAAGGCGAGACUGAACCAAGUCAGGCCUUGGUUGAUCUCUGCGUGAAUAUAUAUGAGUCGAACACUUUGCGCUACGUGGCCUGGGAGAAGUGCACUAGUCGGCUUGCCGAGGUUCAAGGCGAUGCCAAAAAGGACACUCGAUUUACACUCGAUGCUCAGGGCAAGACCUUGAAGCUUGAGUCGAAGGCCCCAGAUGACAAGUGUCAGGUCGACUCCGAGGUGCAUCUUCUUCAGGCUUUACAGCGCAGAGCCCUUGCCCUGGACCAAGCCAAUGUUGUUGAUUAUGCUGUCAUCGAUGUCUGGCAUCAGAAGUUGCUUAGGGCGCGGAUGCAGGAGGUGCCAGCAGGUCAUGUCCGGCCCAGCUUCAAGCAGCUCUUGCGGGCCGAUCAGAAGCUUUUCUCGGAGUUGCAGGACCGCUGUCGUGCAGGAAUCCAGGCCACAUCAGCCGGCCGCCCCUUGGAUGGCCUGAUUCCGUUGGUGAUGGAUCUGAGUGAUGUGGCAGUCCUAUUGCAAUCCUUGCCUGGAAAUGCCUCCUCCUCUUCUGAUGCUUUCAAUGCUCGUGACGGCUGCCACGCCGUGGCGCCUUUUCAGGGUCGUCGGGUUAUGCUCAUAGCUUUCAGCACCAAGGGCGUUUGCGAUUCCGACUCUGAGGUGUUGACUCAGCUCCAGUUCUGUGGUUUCGCCCUUCCCAGCGCUGAUGCUGUGAUGCCCGCGUCUCCAGUGGGCCCUCUACCUGACAUCAGGAGCUCUGUCGCUCAUGAGCCCCUGAAAGUGCUGAAGCCUUCCCGGCUUGUUGUCCUCGACCUCUUCUGUGGCCGAGGUGUUGCAGCUCAGGCCCGAACGACAAUCCACUUGGCAAUACUUGCGGCCUUUGUUCUCGGCAAGGUGUAUGCGGAGAACCUUGCCGAAAAUCUGCGCUUGCAGGCGGCUGGUGAGGAUUUACUUUUCAAAUACAUGGUCAGCGUGCACGUCGCUGAUUGCUCCCAGCUUCGGCUGGAUGACAAAAAUACCCCUGCCACCGCCACGUUUGGCGUGUUUCGGACUCCUGAUGAGUUCGUUGCUGCCAGCUUGCGCCUCGAGCAUCCGUUCGACGCUUUUGCACACGUGCCUGAUGGUCUCAUCAGGAAUUAUUUGGGGCGGCUGCUUAUCGACGGUCCCUUGCCCGUCAUGCGACGCCGGCUUGACCUACUUACCAAGUGGUCUGCGUGGGCCGAUGAACUGGCCGAGCCUGAGAGAGCUCUUCAUGCUUCGCUUGAUCCUAGAGUUGGUGCGGUCCUUUCUGGCAAGAAGUUGCUGUUGCUGGAUCGUAUCGCCAAAUCCCUUGACUGGCCAGACGAAGAUCUUUUUAAGGACCUUAAGGAAGGGUUCGGCAUAGUGGGAUCCGCGCCUGUCACGGGGGUUUUCGCACCAUCCUUUAAGCCUUCGGAGUUCACUGAGGAGGAGCUUGAUCAAAGAUCGAAAUUCUUGCGACCGGCCCUGUGGGCCAAGAUCUCAUCUUCAAAACCUGAGGAUUCCGAUGCCGAGCUUUGGAGCCAAACUCUUGCUGAGAGGGAUCAGAAAUCCUGGCUGAGCGGCCCAUAUAGCUACCAGGAGCUCACUGAGAUUUUGGGUCCGCACUGGAUACCUGUACGGAGGUUCGCGAUUUUCCAACGAGGGAAGCUGAGGUGCAUUGACGAUUUGUCCGAGAACAGUGUCAACUCGUCCUGGGAGGUGGCAGAAAAGAUUGACCUGCGUGCGAUGGACGAACUCCUCUGGAUAACAUCGAGGCUCAUGCAAUCCAUCGUUGAUCGAGGAUUUGUCAACCUUCGUCUUUCUUCUGGUGAAGUGAUCAGCGGCCCUUUGCAUACCGUGUGGCGCACGCGGCCUGAGUCCGCGCGCCCAGUCUUGAAGUGCGUGGAUUUGAAGUCUGCUUACAAACAGUAUGCUAUAAGGCCGUGUGACAGCAAGAGGUGUGUGGUCAGCCUCCGGCGGCCCUCCGACGGGCAAGCCGUCGGUUUCAUUUCACAUACCCUACCCUUCGGCUCGCUCGCGAGCGUAGGGCAGUUCAAUCGCGUUGCCCGCUUGAUUCACCGCAUCCUUAUUGAGCUGGAGUGCCUGGCCUGUAACUAUUAUGACGACUACCCAGUGCUCGAUGUGAGUAUGCUUUCGGCCAACACCGAGAAGACGAUCCGCAAGCUCAUGCGCCUCCUGGGCGUGAUCUGCUCGGAGGACAAGGAGUUGCCUUUUUCUUCGGUGGCCGAUCUCUUGGGGGUUCGCUUGGACCUUAGGGCUAAGGAUUUUUCUUGCGUCACUGUUGCCAACAAGCCUGACAGGGCUCGCGAAAUUUCCGAGUCGGUCGCUAAAGUCCUAUCGGAUGGCCAGGUGGUGGUCAGAGAAGUCGACAGCUUGUUUGGAAGGAUUCAGUAUGCCGAUUCCCAAAUCAUGGGCCGCAGGGGCAAACUGGCUUUGAGCACGCUUAGGAAGCUCUCGCGAGGCUCUGGAGUUCAUCGACUUUCUCCUACUGAUCGCGAGGCCUUUGCUGUCUUGCAGAUGCGCAUGGAUGCUGGCGAGCCCAGGCGCAUACAGGUUGGAAGCUCUGGACCCUCACUUGUUGUUUACACUGAUGGCGCAUGCGAGCCUGGUGCUGCUCGAUCGCUCUGCACCGUUGGGGGAAUACUUUAUGCUUCUUGGAAUGGGGCUGUAAAGGUCCGAUACUUCGGGGUCACGCUGAGUGACUCCCUGGUCGACCUAUGGGCCGAGAGCGGCAAGAAGCACUUGAUAGGGCUUGUUGAGUUGUAUGCUUUGGUGCUCGCGAGAUUCGUCUGGGGUCGACUCCUCGACGAUCGAAGGGUGCUUUACUUCAUCGAUCACGUGGGAGUGCUCGGGCUGCUGGAUCUUUCCGAUGUGCGAACAUGCGAUCCGGGACCAUCCUGCUUGUUUUGCCACGGACGAAUUACUGCGCUCGUCUUGACUUGGGGAUAUGGUCCUCGCUUCGUGACAAUGGCGAGGGAAGCAGCUUUGGCAAAGUGGCUAGGGAUUCUUGAAAGGUUCCCUGACGAUUUCGGUCUUUCUCUGUCGAUUCGGCUAGAUAAGGAGAACGGGCGAGACUCUGACUUGAAGUCUUCCUUGCAAGAUGUGUUUUCUCAGAAGGCGAGCGUCACGAUCUCGGGUCGUGCUGGGCCUCUUGCCAGGUACAUCAAGCACUGCCGAAGUUGCCAGGUCAUUCCUUUCCCUGUCACUGAAGCAGGGAUCUAUGCUUUCCUACAGGAUUAUGCAUCUCACGAGGCGCCCACUUUCGCCAGGAGUUUCUUGAGCAGCCUUGCUUUUGCAAAGUUCACUGUGAGCUUGAAGGUGAGUGAUGAAGUCUUCAGCCCCAGGGUCCGUGGGCCGUGGGCUGUCGUCGAAGCUGCCAUCGCUUCCGGCUCAAUCGUGCUCGAGCCUUCAGACCGGGUCGCUGCUGGCUUCUUCGUGUGGACCUUGUAUGCACGAGCGAGGUACUCGGAUGCCCAAGCUGCGGGUGCAAUGACUUGCGACUUAAGCGAUACGCCGGACGGCACAGUCGGAUACCUGGAGUCCGCUGUUGAGCGAAGCAAGACUUCGUUCUCACUGGAAAGAAAGGUCAGGUAUUUGCACAUGUUUGCUCCCAUCCAAGGAAUAGGUGAGGUGCCCUGGGGUGUCAAGUGGUUUGAGUUCUAUAAGGAGCAUGGGCCUCCUUUGGGGUCGGGUAAGCCCUUGCUUCCGAGCCCGCUCUCUGGCGGAGGGUGGCAAACAUCGCCGCUGGCGGUGGCGAGUGCCACGAAAUGGAUGAAGUCACUCUUGAUCCGUGCGGGUUGUGACAGGUCUUCCGUUGAACCGCUUGGGACGCAUAGUCUCAAGGCAACGACCUUGAGUUGGAGUGCCAAAUUCGGACUACCCCGCGAGGUGAGAGCGGCCCUAGGCUACCACGCCAGGGGCCGUGAUGGGACCGAGCUCAUCUAUGGGAGAGACAACAUGUCUGCUCCUGUGCGCCAGCUGCAAGGGGUUCUGCUCGAAGUGUCGCGCGAAAGGUUCAUGCCGGACGCCACCAGGUCCGGUUACUUCGUGAAGCGCUUUGAAGAUCCAGAGGGGAUGCCCAUUCCUCCUGACGAGGUUUUGUCGGAAUCUUCUUCCGAGGCCAGCGAGGAUGCCGAGGAUGUCGAUCAUGUAGCUGCGGAGGCGGCCACCGACGAGUUGGGAAGGCAAUGGGAGCCCGAUGCAGGCUUGCGUGCCGAGCUUGAAGCAGUCCCUUUGUUCAGCAACAGGGACAGCCGUUUCAUUCAUGCUGUCGCAUCCGAAGAAGGCGACAAGUUCAGAUGUGGGAGAAACAUCUCGACCAGGUAUGAAAGGUUGUCCUCCGAGUGCAGUGAAAAGGAGCUUCUGAGAGUAUCACUAGCCCGGUUCAUGCUCCUGACGAUGGCGAACUACUCUGAGAGUCAAUCGGUUCUGCAGUCGCGAUUGAGUGUCGUGGGUUUCGCGGAAGAUGACGUUCAGAAAAUCCUGCCAGAGGUGGGAAACUUGAGGAGGCUGGCAUUCAUUUCUUCUUUCACACCUGGUCAGACUGACGAGGGGCCGUUGAUGCAGGUGUUGAAAGACAUUUUGAAGCGAGACCUGACAAUUGCAGACAAGGCUAAUUGGCGUGCGGUUUACAAUGAAGCUUUUGCCAUUGUGACCGCGGAAAUGAAGCAGAGGAUUGAGAAGGCCGACCCAGAGUCGACCGUCAGGCCUUUGUCUCAGCCUGAGAGGUCGGAGCGGUACGAGCGGCAGGCCAAGAAGCUUGCAAAUGAGCUGAGGUACAUUCCGUGGGACCGGUGUGUGCCCAAGGAAGCUGAAUUGGCUGGCGAGAAGAAACGUGAUGUCAGGUUCACUGUUGAGGAGUCUUCGGGAAAGCUUCGGAUCGAGCAUAAACAGCCUGAUCUGGUUGCGGAUACCUCAUCGGAGAUUCUUGUUCAGCAGGCUCUCACCAGGAGAGCUUUGGCCAUGGAUCAGGCGAACCUGAUCGAGUUCAGUGUUGCUGAUCAGUGGACUCAACGCUUGAUGAAGGCUCGCAUGCAAUCGCCUGCGGAGCAUUUUGCCAGGCCCACUUGGAAGCAGCUUGAGUCGGCGGACCGGCAGCUGUUUGCCGAGCUACGUGACAAGACCAGGGCAGGUGUGCAGACUGUCGCAUCGGGUCGCCCGUUGGACUCUCUCCUGCCCGAUGCGAUGUACAUGAACGAGGUGUCAUGCCUAUUGCAGCCUUUUCCAGCCCCUUCCAUGAAGGACGCUCCCCAGAAGCCGGAUGCUCCCAAGUGGGAGAGGCCUUCUCCUUACACCAAAGGUGGGGGCAAAGGAAAGAAAGGUAAGCAGAGGUUCAUGACAAGGUUGCCCGCUGGCUUGGAAGGUUGCAGGUCCCACACUAAUCGAGGGGACCCAAUAUGCUUUGCCUUCAACCUGGGUGGCUGCUCGACGAAGGGGCAGAAGUGCGAGAAAGGCUUGCACAUCUGUGCAGGUGCCUCGCUGAUGGCCGGUGCUCCAGAGAGUGUGCGUCAGCCGGCAGCGGAGGCCUCGCAGGUGGAUGAUCUCCUAGCGGGAGUUCAUCGGCCGAAAGAUGCAUGCACGGGUGGCUGUCCAACGAAAGGUGUGGAUUGUCGCCCAACUCCGAGUGUUGAUCGAGAGGAUCAUCACGAUCACAACGUUGGCUCGUACAGUGCCAUCGCUAGGCCCUCGCCGAGUGUGGUGGAGGCCGCACGCAGCAGGUCCCCAAAGCACCGUGAUGGGGCGGGGCCACAGAGCGGCAAAGCGAGUUCUUCACUUGACGAGGGUCAUGUGAGUGCUGCUGAUGUCCUUCGAGUCUUCGAUGGUCUUCCUUCAGAUGAUUUGAAAAGGGGUGCCGCUGCUCCUCUCCCAACUUCAAAGUCUUAUGCCACAGGAGCGUAUGUUCUUGGGGGCAAUGUUGGCUUGAAGGCUAAUGCUUCAACCAGCCCAGAAGCGCUCGACGUCUUUGCAAGGUUUGUGAGGCAGAGCGUUCCGGGGUUCAAAUUUUCUUCAAUAAAUAUAUUCGAGGAUGUUCGCACUGAGCGCCACCGCGAUCAGUGGAAUGCAAAUUUGCAUAACCUGGCGAUUGCCCUGACAGAAUUUUCAGGUGGCGCCAUCUUUGUGGAGCACGAAGAUGGCCGGGAUGUUUCGUCCCUCAACGGUGCCCAGGGUUCUCGCCUGGCUGUUGCAGCGGGCCCCGUGCGAUUCAAUGCAAGGCAUUAUUGGCACUACACUGAGGCUUGGCAAGGCCGGAGGGUCGUGCUGAUAGCAUACACAAUCCGUCAUGUUGAAUCGCUGGGCAAGGAACAUCUUGAUUUUCUCCGGAGGUGCAAUGUUGAUGUUCCGACGCGCGCGCCUGAGAGCGCGCGCCUAGAUUGUUUUAAGGCCUUUUUCGACGCAGUGCAAACCCUUCGCCUCGCCAAGCUCUUGCUCGCGUCUGACUUGCAUUGGAGUAUCUUGCAUCCCCUGGCGUCGGCCCUCUGGGGCCAGCUGGACUUGCCCGAUGCGCCCGGUAAAGAUGCGCAUGUGUACAACACAGCCCGCGCUGGCAGGCACGCCCAUACCAGCUCGCUUGCGCCAGAUUCCUUGUACACACCGAAAUUCUGCGACGUUUUCGCUGGCCUCUUGCAGCUGUCGGUAGGCCAUGCCGGCCUCUUACUUGAACACGCUGUUCCGCUGCAAUGCUCGCGUCAUUCUGCAGCCGCUGCCGCGGGGCGACAGCCUCGAUUGUCAAAAUUCCAGCCACAGAUCGCCGAAUUUAAGUGCCAAGCCACGGUCCGUGAAUUCCCGUGGCCUCUCCCUUCGGAUGAUAAAGGUAAUCUUAAAUGUGCCAUCGGGUCGAUCCCUCCUGGCUCCCGCCUUCUUCGCAUUGUGUGUGAUCGGGGGGUUGUCGGUGCGAAGCAGGUCGGAAGCCUGUCAGGUGUGCCUUCGUCAGUUACUUUUGGCAUCUACCGCACAGAACAUGAGUUUGUGGCGCAGGCGUUGCAUAUCGAUCAUCCCUUCGACUUGUGCGUGGCAGUCCCGGAUUUCAUGCUGAGAGCCUUGGCUUUUACCUUGAAAGAGGGUCCGGUUGGCGUGAUGAAACACCGUCUGAAUCUGCUCCAGCAGUGGACUUCUUGGAAGCGUGAGCUGUCAAGUGCCGAAGCCGAGCUUCAUGCUGCCAUGGAUCCUGGUGUGGCAUCUGUGAUGAAAGGCAAGAAUAUUUUGCUUCUGGAAAAGAUUGCUUCAACUUUCGGUUGGCCUGACACGGAAGUGUUUGAUCACCUUAAGCAUGGUUUUCCUUUGGUCGGGGAGUCGAGCCCUUCCGGCAUUUUCGAUGUAGACAGAAAGCCGGCUCUGAUGACGCGUGCAGAGCUUGUGCAGCAUGCCAAGUUUCUUAAGCCGGCGCUGUGGGCAAAGGUGGCGAGCGCAGAGGUGGACGAUCUGGCUCGGGAGGUGUGGGAUUCCACACAACAAGAGAUGCUAGUCAAGGAGUGGCUGACGGGGCCUUACUCGUGGGACGAGCUGCAAGCCCGUCACCCCGAAGGAUGGCUUCCAGUGCGGAGGUUCGGCAUUGUGCAAAAGGCCAAGACGCGAUCGAUCGAUGACUUGGCCGAGAACUCGGUCAACCGCGCUUAUGCUGUCUCCGACCGGAUUGCUCUGAGAGCCCUUGAUGAACUGGUGUGGCUUGCGAUCACUCUUUUCAAAAUCUUCAUGGCGAAAGGCGAGGUGAGCAUUCCUUUGUCGGACGGUGAACAUCUUCGCUUUCCUGCGCUUCAGCCGAGCUUGAAAACAGUGGAUUUGAAAAGUGCUUAUAAACAGUUGGCGGUCUCGCCACGAGAUCGUUGUCUGAGCAUAGUGACCAUCAAGGACCCGGUUUCGGGCCUUCCAUUCGGCUUCGAGAGCCGAACUCUUUUGUUUGGAGCCACCUCGUCGGUGGUUUCGUUCAACCGCGUUGCAAGGUUGAUCCAGAGGGUUCUGAUCACGUUGCAGGUGCUGGCCUGCAACUACUUUGAUGAUUACCCGGUGUUGGAGGUCUUGCCACUUUGCAACAACACGCAGUCGACCAUCAAAGCUGCUCUGGAUCUGCUGGGCUUCUCAUGGGCAGAGGACAAGGACCUUCCUUUCAGCCAUGAAGCCGAGCUGCUGUGCGUUAGGGUUGACCUAGGCACUUUCGGGGUAGUUAAGAUUGGGAAUAAGCCUGAUCGCGCUGCUUCCAUUGCCGCCGCGGUGGACUCCGUCUUGAGCGAGGGCCGUCUUGAUCCGAAGACCCUGCCUUCCUUGUUCGGUCGCAUCCAGUUUGCUGAAGGUCAGUUGCACGGGAGGCUGGGUAGAUUGGCCCUGGCCGACCUCAGAGCGUGCACGAUGAGCUCUCAGGCUCAGGCCCUCGAUGCCACAGCUGUGCAGGCCCUUCGCCAUCUUAGGACCCGGGUUCUUGGGGGUACCCCUAGGAUAGUCCCGGCCUGUGUGGGGUCUCGCCGUUCUGUGAUUUUCACGGAUGGCGCUUACGAGCCGACGAAUGGUUCUUACCCUGCUACUGUCGGAGGGGUCUUGUACCAUUACGACAGCGGAGCGUGGUGCACUUCCUACUUUGCAUGUGCUAUCCCCUUGAGCGUUGUACAGAGCUGGGAGGCUCUCGGGAAAAGGCAUUUGAUAGGCCCAGUUGAGAUGUACGCAGUUGUAUGUGCGAGAGAAGCUUGGUCGAAGCACUUGAACAUGCAAAGGGUGACCAUGUAUGUGGAUCACUCCGGAGUGUUGGCCUCCUUGGUGAAAGGCUCUUCUAAAAACCCUUUAUGGAGGCAGCUCUUGCUGAUCUUUGAAAGUUGCGACGCUGAGGCGAUGCUCCCUUGGUUUAGCCGCGUUCCAAGUGCAAGCAAUCCGGCCGAUCCUCCUUCACGUGCCAAGGCGAUCUUUCCAGUCAGGGGGCAAGUGUGCAGAGUGUCGCCUCGAUGUCCGAUCAAUGGCAAUGCCACGAUUGAUCUCCUUCUUAAGUGA